AUGGAUAUGACAAUAACACAAGCCCCUGUCCUCGCGUCGGAUUGGUCACAGCCAACAAGCUGCCUCCCUACGAAAGACAUUUGGUAUUGGGAAUGGAACCGAUGGUAUUCUAGCCACAGUGGAGGCCAUGCAGGAGGAGCCGACCUUGUGGAGAUGCUUGGAGCACCAACCGAUAUCAGCAGCUGUUACCCGCCCAGCUAUACUCCGUUCGGCCAUAUGCUGGGCACUGCAUGCCCGAAUGGCUUUACUUCUGCUUGCAAUGCGGACGGUAUCACAACAUGUUGCCCGACCGCAUACGAUUUCACUUGCCAUGAUGGACGGAUCUCAACAUAUGCGAAUAUCAGCUGCUCGAGCAACUUCGAAAAUACCACUAUAUUCAUCAAAACUGCCUUUCUGACCGACACAGUGGACGGCAGACCAGUGGAGACGGAAAGCGCGGAAAGAUAUAGAUUAACGUCUGGUCGUGACGUAUUAUUCGCAUUGGGCGUUGCAUACGCCAACCCUACAACUGCCACACUGCCCAGCUCUACUGCGAUAGAGACCGAUUCGGUAACCUCUCGAACUGAUUCUACCAGCACUGAUAGCAACGCAUCUAUCACUUCUGGCGCGUCUGAUUCUUCAGCUUCAACGGAUGGCGCAGACUCCACUUCAGGUUCAACAUCUCCUAGACCGAAGGGAAUAAAGCUAGUCUCUCUACUUGCUGCAGGCCUAGCAUUGGCAUUCACCCAAUGA